AUGUCAGAUAACAAGUGGAUCAGCUGGGUCCAGCAAGAGGUUCGUCAGAAGCCAGAGCAACGUACGUUUGAUAGAAGAGCGCCUGUCUCAUCGAUGCGCUCUCCAUCCUCCUCGACAUCAUCUACAACAGCAAAAGCUCCUACAUCACCGCCACGAUCAGCGCAGCAGCAUCAGCAGCAUCAGCAGCAAACCUCAAGCACUCACAAUCUUACUGCUACCAGCGAUAUGCUCAAUAUCGUGCUGCCCAAUCCUACGCAAUGCUUUUGUCGAAAACGAGCACAUCGAGUCUACACCAGCGAGUAUGGCCCUAUCCUUGUUUGCAACAACUUUGAUGUGGACCCUGCAACAACCACCAACAAAGCGUCCAGCAGAUACGUCUGUGGGUUUCAUGUGCACGAAAUAUCCUGGAUCAAGUUUUGUGAUACACUGCGAGCAACUCAUCAUGUCAAUAUCGAUUAUGUCGAACUGCGAAGCUGCCCCUUCUACAACUUUACAUUCUGUGCCAUCUUCCGCACCUCGAACAAAUUCGACAUGAAUCCGCCCAUUGUCUUACCAAAAUGCUUUUGCCACAAACCUGUCAUUAUGCGCAUCAAUAGAACAAGCCACUCCAUCUCAUUUGCUUGCAAGAACGGCGAUGUGGAUGGUGCAAAGAAAUGCAGCUGGAUUUUGCCUGCGCAUCAAGUGGCAUUUCCAAGGCCUAAUUUCAACAUCCACAACAGUAUCAGCCAUGAAGAGUACAUGAACAGAAAGCAGGAGACGCUAACAGAAAAAGUGCUUUGUCCAGAACAACCAGCGCCUAUGCCUUUUGGUAAGUAUCCGGAUCAGCCAACGCCACCCGCUCUCCCCACAGAGGGACAUCAAGCCGACCUUCUGGCAACGCUGUCCCAGCCCUCUAGCAACAAUAGCAACACUCUGGACUCUAUAUCAGAUUCAAACAUACACCAACCCAAGCCUACAUUGGCAAUGAAACCACUGAUCAUUCCAACAUGUGUCAUGGCUAAACGACCCGCUUCACAACCCGACUUGUCCAGAUCUUCAUCCGCCUCUUCUUGCUCCAAUGUCACUUCACCUGUCAUGUCCUCAGAAACGGCUACACUGCCAACAUCCAAUACCAAGUUGGACGAGCAACAACAACUGGCCUUGCUGAAAUUCGAAAUGAGCAAAGUUCGAAACGAAAACUCACAACUCAAAUCUACUAUCAAUGCCAUGACCACAAGCUUCCAAGAUUUGACCUCAAAAUAUGAUAGAUUGAAGAGUAAAACGACUGACCUUCAAACAGAGUUGCACCGCAGUAAAAACGAGCACAAUGAACAGAGCGUGUUGAGGAUCAACUGUCAAGAGAGGCUGUCCAAGAUUGAACUGGAUGUGGUACAUUUAAUGAAUGAUAACGAAAAGCUCAAAGAAGAGGUACUCGUCAUGCUAGAGGAAAAGUCAAAGUCUGGUAAAGAUGAAGAACUGAACAAAUGCCGUUUAUGCUUUACUCGAAAUAUCGAAUAUUGCUUGAUACCUUGCUACCAUUAUGCAUACUGCCAACUGUGUGCUCAAAAACUCACUGAAUGUGCUAUUUGCAGAACCGAAAUCUUUAGUGUUCAAAAGGUUUACACUUGUUAA